UCGAUUCAUUAAUAUACAAUAUAACAUUUUUUUUUUAUUACCUGCCGACAGUCGACAGUGCAAUUAUUAUGUGAAAAUUCAAGUGAAUAAUAUUAUAAGUUAUAUAUAAGUUAGAGUUGAAAUAAAAUAACAGUUAAAAAGGAAGUUUUCUGAUACAUUUCGGUUGUUUUUUGGUGUAUCUUCGCAAGCAAAGCGAAACGAAAAUUGCUAAAAACCGAAACGAUACCGAAGUAACAAAAGAAAUAUAACAAACAACAACAACGAACGACCAAAAAGAAAAAUAACAGCAAUAAAACAAAAACAAAAGUCAACGUCAACGUUGACGCAGACAACAGUAUUCGUAUUCUCUAUCCCGCUCUAACUUACACUCGUUAUCAACAAUAAUAAAAGUGCGUGUGUAAUCUCUCCAAACCAAACAAGAAGAAGAAACAUCUGAAACUAACUGACAGGAGCAGCAAAUAACAACAACAACCAGAACAUCUCUCAACUUCAGAAAGAGAGUGUGUGCGUGUGUGUGUGCCAAGCAAGAGAGAGAGAGAGAGCGCGCCACAAUAGCCAGUCAAGAUGACGCAACCGUUACCCAUACGCUUUCAAGAGCAUUUACAGCUCACAAAUGUUGGCAUCAAUCCGACAUCGUUCUCCUUCAGCACGCUCACAAUGGAGUCGGACAAGUUCAUUUGUGUGCGUGAGAAGAGCAAUGAUACCGCCCAAGUGGUUAUCAUUGAUAUGAACGAUUCGUCGAAUCCAACACGACGUCCUAUAUCGGCGGAUUCGGCCAUUAUGAAUCCGGCCAGCAAGGUGAUUGCGCUCAAAGCGCAAAAGACGCUGCAGAUAUUCAACAUUGAGAUGAAAUCGAAAAUGAAGGCGCACACGAUGAACGAGGAUGUGGUGUUCUGGAAAUGGAUAUCGUUAAAUACGCUCGCAUUGGUCACCGAAACGAGCGUCUUUCAUUGGUCCAUGGAAGGGGACUCGAUGCCACAGAAGAUGUUUGAUAGACAUAGCUCCCUCAAUGGAUGUCAGAUAAUCAAUUAUCGUUGCAAUGCCUCACAGCAAUGGUUACUCCUUGUUGGCAUCUCGGCAUUGCCAAGUCGUGUCGCUGGCGCCAUGCAAUUGUAUUCGGUGGAACGCAAAGUGUCUCAAGCAAUUGAGGGACAUGCUGCCAGUUUUGCCACCUUUAAAAUUGAGGGCAACAAGGAGCCAACAACAUUAUUUUGCUUUGCCGUACGCACUGCAACCGGUGGCAAAUUGCACAUCAUUGAGGUGGGCACACCACCAAAUGGUAAUCAACCGUUCCCAAAGAAGGCCGUCGAUGUAUUCUUUCCCCCAGAGGCACAAAAUGAUUUCCCAGUUGCGAUGCAAGUUUCCGCCAAGUACGAUACAAUCUAUUUGAUAACCAAAUAUGGAUAUAUCCAUCUGUACGAUAUGGAGACGGCCACGUGCAUCUACAUGAAUCGCAUAUCGGCCGAUACGAUUUUUGUGACAGCACCGCACGAGGCCAGCGGUGGCAUCAUUGGUGUCAAUCGCAAGGGUCAAGUUUUGUCCGUAACUGUCGAUGAGGAGCAGAUAAUACCCUACAUUAAUACCGUACUCCAGAAUCCAGAUCUAGCACUACGCAUGGCAGUGCGUAAUAAUCUAGCUGGCGCUGAAGAUCUAUUUGUGCGUAAAUUUAACAAACUCUUUACUGCCGGACAAUAUGCAGAGGCCGCCAAGGUCGCUGCUUUGGCGCCCAAGGCCAUUUUACGUACACCGCAAACGAUUCAACGUUUCCAGCAGGUUCAAACACCGGCGGGAUCGACAACACCACCAUUACUUCAAUAUUUUGGUAUACUGCUCGAUCAAGGGAAAUUGAAUAAAUUCGAAUCAUUGGAACUAUGUCGUCCCGUGCUCUUGCAGGGCAAGAAGCAAUUGUGUGAAAAGUGGCUCAAGGAGGAGAAGCUGGAGUGUAGCGAAGAGUUGGGUGAUCUGGUCAAGACAUCUGAUUUAACGCUCGCCUUAUCCAUCUAUUUGCGUGCCAAUGUGCCGAAUAAGGUGAUUCAAUGCUUUGCCGAAACGGGUCAAUUCCAAAAGAUUGUAUUGUAUGCGAAAAAGGUCAACUAUACACCCGAUUAUAUCUUCCUGUUGCGUUCGGUGAUGCGCAGCAAUCCGGAACAAGGUGCUGGAUUUGCCUCAAUGCUGGUCGCUGAGGAGGAACCACUGGCCGAUAUCAAUCAAAUUGUUGACAUCUUUAUGGAACAUUCAAUGGUGCAACAAUGCACAGCCUUUCUACUCGAUGCCCUCAAGCAUAAUCGUCCAGCGGAGGGUGCUCUCCAAACCCGACUACUUGAAAUGAACUUAAUGUCGGCACCUCAAGUGGCGGAUGCCAUUUUGGGCAAUGCCAUGUUCACCCAUUACGAUCGGGCGCACAUUGCCCAGCUGUGCGAGAAGGCGGGAUUAUUGCAGCGUGCAUUGGAGCAUUAUACAGAUCUAUAUGAUAUUAAGCGUGCUGUUGUCCACACCCAUAUGCUCAAUGCCGAAUGGUUGGUCAGUUUCUUUGGCACAUUGUCGGUGGAGGAUUCAUUGGAGUGCUUGAAGGCCAUGCUAACCGCAAAUCUUCGACAGAAUUUACAAAUAUGUGUGCAAAUUGCCACCAAAUAUCAUGAACAAUUGACAACAAAGGCAUUGAUUGAUCUCUUUGAGAGUUUCAAGAGCUACGAUGGUCUGUUUUAUUUCUUGAGCAGCAUUGUCAAUUUCUCGCAAGAUCCCGAGGUGCAUUUCAAAUAUAUUCAGGCCGCCUGUAAAACCAAUCAGAUUAAGGAAGUUGAACGCAUUUGUCGCGAAUCCAAUUGCUAUAAUCCGGAGCGUGUCAAGAACUUCCUCAAGGAGGCCAAAUUGACAGAUCAAUUGCCUUUGAUCAUUGUCUGCGAUCGUUUCGAUUUUGUGCACGAUCUCGUCCUGUAUUUGUAUCGUAACAAUUUGCAGAAAUAUAUUGAGAUCUAUGUGCAGAAAGUGAAUCCAUCACGUUUGCCCGUUGUCGUUGGCGGUUUGCUCGAUGUUGAUUGUAGUGAGGAUAUUAUCAAGAACCUUAUUCUUGUGGUCAAGGGACAAUUCUCAACGGAUGAGCUGGUUGAGGAGGUGGAGAAACGUAAUCGCUUGAAAUUGCUAUUGCCGUGGCUGGAAUCCCGUGUCCAUGAAGGUUGCGUUGAGCCGGCCACACAUAAUGCACUGGCCAAGAUCUAUAUUGAUUCCAACAAUAAUCCGGAACGUUUCCUCAAGGAGAAUCAAUACUAUGAUAGUCGCGUUGUUGGUCGCUAUUGUGAGAAGCGUGAUCCACAUCUUGCCUGCGUUGCCUAUGAGCGUGGACAAUGUGAUCGUGAAUUGAUUGCCGUUUGCAAUGAGAAUUCUCUAUUCAAGAGCGAGGCACGUUAUCUUGUUGGACGUCGCGAUGCUGAACUCUGGGCUGAAGUGCUUUCCGAGGCCAAUCCCUACAAGCGUCAACUGAUUGAUCAAGUUGUUCAAACCGCACUAUCGGAGACCCAGGAUCCCGAUGAUAUAUCGGUGACUGUCAAGGCUUUCAUGACUGCCGAUUUGCCCAAUGAACUGAUUGAAUUGUUAGAGAAAAUCAUUUUGGAUUCAUCCGUAUUCAGUGAUCAUCGUAAUCUACAGAAUUUGCUUAUAUUGACGGCCAUUAAAGCGGAUCGCACACGUGUUAUGGACUAUAUCAAUCGGUUGGACAACUAUGAUGCACCGGAUAUUGCCAAUAUUGCAAUUAGCAAUCAAUUGUAUGAGGAGGCAUUUGCCAUCUUUAAGAAAUUCGAUGUGAAUACCUCGGCUAUUCAGGUGCUCAUCGAUCAGGUGAAUAAUUUGGAGCGUGCCAAUGAAUUUGCCGAGCGUUGCAAUGAGCCCGCCGUUUGGUCACAGUUGGCCAAGGCACAACUGCAACAGGGUUUGGUCAAGGAAGCAAUUGAUUCGUAUAUUAAAGCGGAUGAUCCCAGCGCCUACAUGGAUGUAGUGGAUGUGGCCAGUAAAGUGGAAUCAUGGGAUGAUCUUGUACGUUAUCUGCAAAUGGCACGCAAGAAGGCACGUGAAUCGUAUAUUGAAAGUGAAUUGAUCUAUGCCUAUGCCCGGACUGGACGUCUCGCUGAUCUUGAGGAAUUCAUUUCGGGACCGAAUCAUGCCGAUAUCCAAAAGAUUGGUGAUCGUUGCUUCAGCGAUGGCAUGUACGAUGCCGCCAAAUUGUUGUACAACAAUGUCAGCAACUUUGCCCGCUUGGCCAUCACAUUGGUCUAUCUCAAGGAGUUCCAGGGAGCCGUUGAUUCUGCACGUAAAGCCAACUCGACACGCACCUGGAAGGAGGUAUGUUUUGCCUGUGUCGAUGCCGAGGAAUUCCGUUUGGCCCAAAUGUGUGGACUGCAUAUUGUUGUGCAUGCCGAUGAGCUUGAGGAUUUAAUUAAUUAUUAUCAGAAUCGUGGAUAUUUUGAGGAAUUGAUUGCAUUGCUCGAAUCGGCAUUGGGAUUGGAGCGCGCCCACAUGGGCAUGUUCAGUGAGCUGGCUAUACUCUAUUCCAAAUUUAAGCCAUCCAAGAUGCGUGAACAUUUGGAAUUGUUUUGGUCUCGUGUCAAUAUACCGAAAGUGUUGCGUGCCGCCGAAUCGGCGCAUCUUUGGUCCGAGCUUGUCUUUCUCUAUGAUAAAUAUGAGGAAUAUGAUAACGCUGUGCUGGCUAUGAUGGCCCAUCCCACAGAGGCGUGGCGUGAGGGUCAUUUUAAGGACAUUAUCACAAAGGUGGCCAACAUUGAGUUGUACUACAAGGCAAUUGAAUUCUAUUUGGACUUCAAGCCAUUGCUACUCAACGAUAUGCUGCUGGUGUUGGCACCACGCAUGGAUCAUACACGUGCCGUCAGCUAUUUCUCCAAGACGGGCUAUCUGCCGUUGGUUAAACCAUAUCUGCGCUCCGUACAAUCCUUGAACAACAAGGCCAUCAAUGAGGCAUUGAAUGGUCUGCUCAUCGAUGAGGAGGACUACCAGGGAUUGCGCAAUUCCAUCGAUGGUUUCGAUAACUUUGAUACCAUUGCGUUGGCCCAGAAGCUCGAGAAGCACGAAUUAACCGAAUUCCGUCGCAUUGCGGCCUAUCUCUACAAGGGCAACAAUCGCUGGAAACAGAGUGUCGAGCUGUGCAAAAAGGAUAAACUGUACAAGGAUGCUAUGGAAUAUGCUGCCGAAUCCGGCAAACAGGAGAUUGCUGAAGAGCUCUUGGGCUGGUUCCUGGAACGCAACGCGCACGAUUGCUUUGCGGCAUGUCUAUAUCAGUGCUACGAUUUGCUGCGUCCCGAUGUAAUCCUGGAACUGGCAUGGAAACACAAAAUCAUGGACUUUGCUAUGCCCUACUUGAUCCAGGUGCUGCGAGAGUAUACCACAAAGGUGGAUAAACUGGAGUUGAAUGAGGCGCAGCGGGAGAAGGAGGAUGAUACAACGGAGCAUAAAAACAUAAUACAAAUGGAGCCGCAGCUGAUGAUAACAGCUGGUCCAGCAAUGGGAAUACCACCACAAUAUGCAACAAAUUAUCCACCUGGCGCUGCGGCAGCGGCAGCAGCGGCUGCGGCAGCGGCAGGACGCAACAUGGGAUAUCCCUAUAUGUAGGCAAAAAUAAGAACAAUCAACAUCAACAACACAAUUGUAGCUGUAACAACAACAUCAACAACAACAGUAGUCAACAUCAACAACAACAGCAGCAAACACUACAAACAACAACAAAUACAACAAUUGAAUGCCCACAAAACUCACAAACAAUUUGCAUGAGAAUGAAUUCAAAAAAAUCAACGACCAAUACAACAACAACAACUAUAACAAGAACAAACAACACAACAACAACAACAAGAGCACGCGUAGAGAAUAUAUACACUAAUGUUAUAUAUUUAUAUUAGUUCAUAUAAUGUUGAGAUACACAUAAAAUUUAAUAACAAUUCAAAUCGCUACAAAAGCAACUAAGCGAAUGCAUGAGCUGCUACAACAACAACAGCGCAAACUCAACAGCAACAACAACAACAUGAUGAAAAGCUAAAGAUAAAAUAUAUAUAUAAAUAAAAAUAAUAACAAAAUUAAAAAGCGACAACAAAAACUAGUGUUCAGCAGAAGUU